AUGGCCAAACUUAUCGAUGCAUUCGAUAUGAUGACAGCCCAAGAAACAGCUUUCCUGGGAGUUUUGAAGAACAUUGUGGACAUUCACGAACAGGCAACCAAGGAUCUGGCUGCAGAGCAUCAAGCAGUGGAACAAUCUGUUGAGGAAAAAGAGGAGUCAGGAGACAAGAAGGAGUCAACUGAAAAGGUUGCCGAGAAUCCUGAAGAGGACUAUGAAAAUGACACGGAAAUGAUCAAGGAGACGUUGAAGGAGCUUGAACAGGUCUCGAUGCAGGCACUCGCGGCAGCUGAGUUGAACGAGAAGCUCGUCGAGUCUCUACAACGCCAUAAGAAAAGUGUGAGUCCCGUGGUGUUUCUAGUACCCCACUUUUCAUAA